AUGUGUAUUCAAGGAAGAGGCUGGAGAGAUCCUGGCAGGGGCAGGGUAAAGUGGAGAGACAUCAUCAGCAUUGAGAAGACAGGCAAGCAUUUCCUCCUGGUUUAUGACACCAAGGGCUGUUUUGUUGUUCACUGUAUCACAGAUGAAGAGGCGACGUAUAAGUUGUGCAAAGUCAGGAAGAUAUAUGUGGGUUCAAAGGGAAUCCCACACCUAGUGACUCACAAUGCUUGGACUAUCUGCUACCCAGAUUGUCUCAUCAGGGUGAAUGACACAGUAGAGAUUGAGUUAGGCACUGGCAAGAUAACUAACUUUAUCCAGUUUGACACAGGCAAUGCAUGCAUGGUGAUCGGUGGGGCCAGCCUCAGCCACAUUGGUGUCAUCACCAACAGAGACAAACAUUCUGAUUCUAUUGGUGUAGUACAUGUGAAGGAUGCCAGUAGGAACUGCUUUGCCAUGAGGCUGUCCAACAUUUUCGCCAUUGGCAAAGGUAAUAAACCUUGGAUUUCCCUGCCCCUGGGAAAGGGCAUUUGCCUUACCAUUGCUGAAGAGAGAGAUAAGUGGCUGACAGCCAAACACAGCACUGGCUAA